AUGGAGGUUCUGGCACCACCGCUUGCGGUCUCCGCAAUAGUCGGCCCACGCCAACCAUUCUGGGACAACAUGGUUGCCCGAGCUGGUACGGGACCUAGACCAAUCCCAUACAUAUCUCUUGCCGCUCAAAAUCUAGCCGCAGCUAUUCGAUUUUGUCUCACUCCGGAAGCGCAAAAGGCCGCAGACAGAGUUUCUCAAACCAUGCAGAGGGAUGCGGGUGUCCAGGCCGCCCUCAACUCGUUCCAUCGCAAUUUGCCCGUGGACCAGAUGCGGUGUAAGAUUAUGCCUGGUCAACCCGCGAGUCUGAAAUACGUAAAGAGCAAACGUGUGUUGCGCCCCUCCACAACUGUGGCACAGUCAUUAAUUGAACAUGGCAGUAUUGACUCGGGCAAACCAAAAUGUUACCAAAGCAAGCCCAUACUUAUUGAAAAUCGUCGUUGUGAUCCUUUGACGGGUGUUCUGUCCGCUGCUACGAGCAUAGGAUCAAGCAUGGUCCAUUCGGCCUGCGAGCUUGUUUAUAGCCCAUAUAGAGAAUACACGCGAGGUCGAUCUCCCAAGCCAUCUGACAUGUCACAGCCGAGUCUCGACCCAUCGGUAAACGGCACUGAAAGUCAGGCGGGGAUAAUCACUGCUGGGAAAAUGGUGGGUGCUACGUUGCAAAGCUUUGGCCAAUUCACUGGGACCUAUUUCAAAGGUGUGGUAGUUGAUAUUCCUCAUGCGGCUGCCGAGGGGUUCCGCCAAAUUCCUCAGCUAUAUGGAGAGAAACCCAAGGAAUAUAAGCCCAUAAAGGACUGGCAAUCUGGAGCGAUCUUUGCUGGGAGGAAUUUUGUGGAUGGCAUGUCCGAGGGCCUGUCAAGCAUUAUUACGCAGCCAAUCAAAGGAGCCAAGAAAGAAGGAGCUUUGGGUGCUGUCAAGGGCUCCGCUAAAGGUACCGUUGGGCGGGCGACCAAAGUCCCAUCAGCCGGAAUCGGAUUGGUGGCUUACCCAUUGCACGGAAUCGCAAAAAGCAUCGACGCAGCAUUUCGGCGGAAGGGUCAGAAGGCGAUUGUGACUGCACGUCUUCGAGAUGGACGCUACCAAACAACCCUGCAAGAACGGAACGACAUUUAA